AGAGAGCGAGAGAGAACUGCAGUACAGAGAGAGAGAGAGCUCUCAAGUGUUGUAGCCCCAGGAUGCAUUAGGAGCAGAGGGAGACAGGCCCAUUAUCCUGAUUCUGCUUUUCAGCUGGCAUCAGCAUCUUCAUCAUCACAAUACUCCUCUUCAUCACCUGCCUCGUUGUCUAUACAGGACCUGCACGUUGAUGCGUCAUGGACAUCAGCAUCAUCUGAAAGGAGAGUUUCCGGGAAGGUCCGUUAAGUCUAGACCAGAGAGUCUCUCUGGUAGAGCCUUUCUAUGGGCAGACACAUCUGACCUCCCUGAGAACUCCAGGUCCAGUCCAGGAAGACAGCAUUGGUGUCUACCCCAGAGGUAAACAACCUCAGCGUUGAGGAUUCAACCACUCCAGAACAGAGAUUACUGAGAUUAACAUGGUGAACCAAACAGACAUUACACUGUAGGAUCAGAGCAGAUAGCAAACAUUAAUCCCAGACACGAGAGCUUCCGACGGGUCAAAAAGGUCCAGGAUGCAACCGAGGAAGCCGGGUCCUGCAGGAGCCUGGCCGUGGUACCCUGGUGAAGGAUGGAACUAGAGGUGAACCAGGCCUCGUUCCUGGUAGGACCCAGCUGAGCGUGACAACCCUGUGUUCUGUGAUUGGUGCUGACGCCUGAAUCACACAUGCAGCUAGAAGAGGCUGCUCUCAAACCCAGAUUAAUGUGAUUUUGCUUCCAGCAGAGUGGGGGGGAAUCAAUGUAUUCCCUUUUUAACAGCCCUCUUUCUGAAUGCAAAAGCAGGCUUCUCUUAAGCUGUACCAGGACCAACCACACAGCCCUUGGGGAGGAAAGAGGGGAGGGGAGGGUCAAGUAUUGACCAUUCAUCCCUCAAACCAUAAUGUGCUUUUCAGUGAUUAACAUACCACCCCCCCUCCCCCUCAUACCACAGAUGAGACGACCCAGAUGGUCUGCCACCCCAGUCCACAGUCUGUUCCUAAGGGACCCAGGAAGGCAGAUGAUUGGCUGAUGGGGCUAAAAUAAGCUAGUGUGUAAAAACAGCAUGGUAUCUGCUGAAGCCCAGCCAGACUGGUGGUGUACGCCCCUCUCUAAUGCAUCACCUAUUAAUGGCCUUUCCAGUCUGAGGAGGGAUCUCCUAAUAAUGCCAUCGGCAACGACCGCAGACGAGGGGGGAAACUCGGUGGACCUUGUCCCUCAAGAGGGUAGGCUGGUGCUGAGGUGAGAAGAGCAGGGUCCCUCUCUCUGGCUUAGUGGUUAGAGACUGGUCUGGGCGCUACUCUGGGGAGGAGCUACCACAGCUGGAAGUGAAACUGUCUGCCUGAUGGCAGAAGCUGGGGUUCCCCUGGAGGUAAUCUGGAUGGAUGUCUGUGUCUGAUGAAAGCCAAGCUCAACUUGACUGAGGUGUGGAGAGGUUAGGAGCAGCUGUUUAAGCACACCAGGUCACCCGACAUUCACCACUACCGAGCACGGUAGUCGAGAUGAGGGCAGAGAGAUGCUGAGAUCCUCCCCAAGUCUGACGCCAUCAUGCUGAAGACGGAGGCCUCAGGGGAGAGGAGCACCCUGCGGAGUGCCUCCCCCCACCGCAACGCCUACCGGGCCGAGUUCCAGGCCCUGAAGAAGGCCUUCGACCAGCCCCUGGUGGAGGCCCCGCCCAAGCCCAGGGGCCCAGAUGGGCCCCGACAGCCCCGGGGCCGCCAGUAUGGGGCCCACGUCAGUCGUAUCAAGGACAUGUUCAUGCAGAUGACCUCGGAAGGGGUCCCCGUGGUCCCCAAGACCCCCAAGGGCCCGGAAGAAGCCGCACCCCAGAAGAUGACGAAGCCGACCAACUUCAUCAACAAAUCUGACGGCUCCGUCAUCAAGCUGCAGCACAGCGUGUCCGCGGAGCGAAUUGCCAGCGGCGCCGGCGGCUCCAAGUUCUCUGAGACCCGUAAGCUGUUUGAGCAGCAGUCCCGCGACACGUCCCAGUCGCCCGUCUACUCGUACAGCCGAGACAAGAGGGGCUCCCACGAGCACCUGGACGACUGGCGGGGCCCGCGCUCCAACCGGGGAAGCACGGACUCCCUGGACUCCCUCUGCUCCAGGACCGAGGCCUCGUCUCCCACCGUCAGCCAGCUGAGCGCCGUGUUCGAGAACGUCGACCACCUCAGCCAGGGGGCGCCGGUCAGGAGGGGCCACGGCGGCCGCGCGCUCUACUCCCCCGACGGCUCGCACCGCCACGGGGACCUCAGCGAGGACGACUCGCGGCAGUCCCCGGUGCGAGGACUCAGGAGCCGCGUGGGAGGCGGGAAGUUCCCCAUGUCCUCGUCGGAGGAGGACCUCCUGAGCCCCAGCCCUCUGGUGGAGCUGAAGCCUGACCCCCUGCGAGAGGAACCCCAGGAGAGAGGCACGGCGGCUGGGGAGGGCAAGCAGGAUGGGAGGAGGGGUCUGGAUGGCAGGAUCACUGCCAACGGGACUCAGAUCAACGGAUCCUGCGAAGAGCAGAAACCCACCGAAUCCGUGAAACCCACCGUGGAGGAUAAAGUCGUUCCCUCGGCCUUGCGACCCUUGAAAGACACCGCAGAUGGGGGUGAGACUCCCAGUAAGGUCCCAGACACCCCAGGCAGGGCAGAUGGGGAACCCCAGAGAGAGGCUGAGGUUCCUGGGGAGAAGCAGACCCCGUCAGCCCCGGAGGACCAGGCUGAAGAAGGCCAGGAGGAGUACAGAGGGAACGAGAGGGUGAUCUUCAACGCGGACGGAGACGCCUGUUACCAGGGCUGGGGGGAGAGCUGCACUGACCCAGAGGAUGACCUCUACGGGGACGAGGACGAGGAUGUCGUCUACGACCCCGGCGCCGACCUCACGGAGAUUCCCGGUCUGCCUGAGGAGGACCACGAGGAAGUCCCCCCCAGCAGGAAGAUCCGCUUCAGCACUGCCCCCAUGAUGGUGUUCAACACCUACUGCAACGAGGACUACGACCGCAGGAACGAGGAGGUGGACCCCGUGGCGUCCUCGGCGGAGUACGAGCUGGAGAAGAGGGUGGAGAAGCUGGAGCUGUUCCCCGUGGAGCUGGAGAAAGGUGGGCGGAGGAGCCGCCAUGGCAACACCGCCAUGAUCCUAGAUGAGCCCCAGGUCCCCAGGCAGCUCCAGAGCUGCAGCGUGUCAGACUGGUCCAGUCAGCAGGUGGCCCACUGGCUCCUGGGCCUCAGCCUGGAACACCAUAUCCCACAAUUCACUGCCACAAACGUGGAUGGCGAGCGGCUACUGCAGCUGGGCAGCGCGGAACUCAAGGCUCUGGGCGUGUCGUCCUCCCAGGACCGAGCUUUGAUCAAGAAGAAGGUGAAGGACCUGAAGGUGCUGGUGGAGAAGGCUCGGAGGAGCCGGGACAAGCAGGAGAAGCUCCACAGGAAGGAACUGGACCUGCUGCAGAAACACACCCGCAAGCCCUCCGAGACAGCAGAGGGCGCCGCAGAGUGACCCAGGCCACAGACCCACCUUCCCCACCCUCCCUCUACCCCUCCAACCAGUAGCCGUGGACUACAAGUGGCUCCGCAGUGGAUUAGUUUGCAGGAAGAAGACAGUCGGGAGUCCAUUGAGUGACUUUACAAGCAAGCAAGCGAACAAAACCAAAUUGAACAUCUAGUUGAAUAUUCCUACGCCUCAACCCCCCUCCCUCGCCCUAUUACGAUUUAACAGUUUGACCUUUCGUAUUUAUUUUGCCUAAAUAUUUUUGUCUUUAAUUCAGGUUUAUUUAUUUACAGACAGAGUUGUUUUUUGAACAGGACCUUCUCAACCGUCUCCACCUCCUGACAUAUCAGUUCCUGUUUUUCCACUUGACACAUCUUCAGACAACAAUGUACGAGUAUGAUGAUAUACAGUACAAACGUAUACAUAUGUCUAAUGUGCCAUUUUUUAUAGAAGGAAAGUUAAUAUGUGUGGAUAAAUCUAUGGAAUCUUCUCUCAGCUUUGUUAAAGCACAGACUGUGUUAUUAGUGGCCCUGUGUAGUGCAGUACCCUGACCACGCCACUAGGAGCUCUCUGCUGCACUGUCCCAGUUCUGGAGGACAGAAGAUGACUGCACAGCAUGGACAGUAGGUCAGGCUGUUCAGCAGGAAAUGUAGUUUUAGAGGGAAUGAAAACCAAGUAUUUGCAAGGAGAGCCACAAGUGGUUUCUAUGUCUUCAGGAACACUUCAGGAAGUCUUGACACUGGAAGUCUGGACACUGUCUGACGAUGACUGAGGUGUUUACCUGAAUGCUGUCCCUGUAAAGGGCCUGGAGAUCCCAAACACUUACCCAACAUGAAGGACCUCAGCCAAGCUCAGCAGACUCCCCCCUGAGGAACUGCAGAGUCGUCGUGUGAAACUGCAAAACCGUCUCUCCCAGGUCCUGUGAAGGACUGAUGAACUUCCUGCGUGUAUGCAUCAUUAUAACAUGGCUUUUAAUUCCGCCUGUGAUCCUAACCCUGACCUCUUUUAUACUGUCUAUACAUCAGAAGAACAUGGAGCUGCUGCCUUUAGAUGCUAGAGCAGAACCUCACCUGUGUGACCCUGCCAGGGUUGCCCACCUCCUCCUCUUCCCCGUGGGGGUUUGGACCAUGGCGGCCGAGCCCUCAGUCCUGUUUUCUAGCCGUCUCCUUCGAGCUGUUGUGCUAAAGCCACUUGUCUUAUGUCACUGGAAUCAGUAGGUAGCGGUGCUGGGUAGGAGGGUGGGGUGUGCUGGCUGAAACUCCUUGUUAAGUGUUGUUUGAGUGGAGGUGGAGAAGUGUUUAAGUUUUACCACAGUCAUUUAAACAACUUCACGUAUUAAGGAGAUUAUACAAAUUGCACUAGAUUAAUACAAAACAGUCCUGACCGAUUUUUUUUUUUUACUUGAAGGAUCUCUAUAGUGUGUUCAGUUUUUAUGUCUCACUUUUGAAAUUCCUUCGACGUGGGCGAGACAUAAGGUUAUGCAAUACAUCUCAACGAAGGUCUUGUGAGGAAUCCGAUUGGUUCCGUCCUCUAACAGGAAGUUGUCAUCAUGUUUAUAUGCGUAGAACAGCAGUGUUGUAACAGAUGAGAUGAUGGACUAGAUCACUGGUCUUCAAUCCUGGUCCUCGUGCCCCCCUGCCCUGCAUGUUCUAGAGGUUUCCCUGCUACGACACACCUGGUUCAGAUGAACGGGUCGUUAUAAAGCUCUGCAGAAGCCUGAUAAAGACCAGUCAUUAUAGCCAGGUGUGGAGGACCAGGAGGCCCGAGGACCAGGGGGCCCGAGGACCAGGGGGCCCGAGGACCAGGGGGCCCGAGGACCAGGG